UAGAGAUUCAAGUCAUAGAGAGAGAGAAAACACAAACUAGAAGAGAGGGAGUGAUGGAAUCAAUAUUCUUCUCCUUUCUUGCACCUUCUUCUUGAUCCUUGGGUGGAUUGGAUCUUCAAUUAAGCCCUCCCAAGGUGUUUCCCUCCCUAAAAACAACCCAGAAUCCUAACUUUCUCACUCUAGGUCGGCUCUCCCUUGAAAAGUGCAGCAAGAGCGGUAUUUAUAGAAAGUUGAUGGCGAUCAAGGCCUCUAGGGUGUGACGUGAUGGUCACGGGCACGACGCAAUGGUCAGAGUCGUGACCAGGCCGUGACCUAGUCGUGACCAGCUGGACGGCCCCGGAUCGCCCGAAACGACGUGUUUUGACUCCAUCUUCAAGCUCGGAGAUCGCGGCCUCCUUCAUAAGAUCGCGGUCGUGAUCUUUGUGUCCCGGGUGCGAUCUUUUUUGCGGUCAAAAUGCGCCAUGUGCGCGAUCCGACAGGGGAAACUUUCUACCUUCUUUUGGUCGCCUACUAAAGUUCGCGACUACUAUUCACGGCCGCGAUCUUCAUCCUGCGAACAUGGUCACAGCCUGGUGGUCACGGCUGUGACCAGUGCUGAUACAACCUGUUUCUAGGAUUCUAUCGGGAAUUGGGGACUUAGGGAUUAAGAACAGAAUUAGGGAUUUGAGAAGAGAAAGAUAGAGAAUCGGCCUUUAGAGGGAUUGGGAACGAGAAUUGAGAGGAUUGGGAGAAUAGGGUUUAGGAGAUUGUUUCUUAAUAUUCUUCUUGACUGCCUAUGAAUGAAAGACCUAUUACAUAUUUAUAGCGAAAGACUAGAAAAACCUAAUAUACUAUCCUAAUAUGGCUCAAAGACUAAUAACCAUAUCUAGAUAAUUCCUAACAAUAUUGAUAAUUAUAAUUAUGGUUAAACCUAAGCGGUAGGUUUCCAUCAUCCCCUCCCCCUUGAAAACCAACCUUGCCCUCAAGGUUGACCAACUCGACCCACUUCUUCACAUCGUUCGUGCAACCCGCGCAUUUGAUCCUCCAUUUCUUGCACUUUCUUUUCUUCCAAUCUUGCUCUACUACUCGACUUGUACCUACCUCUUACAUUGACCUUCUUGUGCUGGUCCAACUUUUCGAACUUCACUUUCAUGGGCCCACUACUUGCUUCUUUCUUGUACAAGGAUCCAUCCUUGAGUAUCAAUCUGUCAAGAACUUCAAAUUCUAUUAUGAUGGCCCAUGCAGCUUCACUCUCCUCAAUUGGGCUUUUUGCAAACCCAAUAAACCCAUCUUCUUCCAAGCUCACAUUCUUUAAAAGACAACCCUUGUUGGGCUCCAUCCUUCUUUGCACAAACGGCCAACUUCCCACUAGUCUCGACCCGAAAUCACAAGAAAGAGACCUAACUAGACAUCCCAACUGAGGCCCACAAACUGCCUGAGGAUGCAGCCCAUGACUUUCUUGAGUAGGUUGGCCCAUUCUUUCCAGCUUUGGCCCGUAUGGCUGCCCUGCCCACGCAUAGCACUUGGCCCAAAACACAAGACCCGCUUCUCGUCUCCACUCCAGAGCUGCGGCCCGGAUCUCUUUGUCCAGCCCGGCGGCUUGCAGCAUUGGCCAACCAACAUCCGCCGACCUAGGUUAUGCAACAGGCGAGAACAAGCCGCCACCAACCUCCUCUGUCUUCGUCGUCCUCGUCGCACCGGCCGCCGCCGACGUUUCCACCCGGCGGCUGCGAGUCACGCCGAAAUCCGACGCCGCCCUCGGUUCUGGCUUCUUCUUCCUGGCCACCGUCGUGGCGCAUGGAGAUGACAGCGACCGAGGCGCCUCUCCCGCUUCUUCCUUCAUCGCCGAGUUGCGGCACACCCGGUGAGGAGAAGUCGACCCCAGCUCCACCUCUCUUCCUUCAAAAUCGCCGCUACGACCAGCGACGCCUCACGCGGCGGCGCCUCCACCAUCGCCCGCCAGGCCCGCGCCUCAGGCAGCCCUGCCGUGCUGCCCGCCGCCACCACCUCCCUUCCGCGUUCGCGUGCCGUCGCGGCUUGGUCGGCGCAUAUUGCAUCGAGUCGGUGCAUCAUACGGUUCCAAAAUGGAUCAGAGAGCCACGAAGAGCUCAUGUUGGCUCUGAUACCAAAUGAUAGAACCUGCUUCUAGGAUUCUAUCGGGAAUUGGGGAUUUAGGGAUUAAGAACAGAAUUAGGGAUUUGAGAAGAGAAAGAUAGAGAAUCGGGUUAGGCCUUUAGAGGGAUUGGGAACGAGAAUUGAGAGGAUUGGGAGAAUAGGGUUUAGGAGAUUGUUUCUUAAUAUUCUUCUUGACUGCCUAUGAAUGAAAGACCAAUUACAUAUUUAUAGCGAAAGACUAGAAAAACCUAAUAAACUAUCCUAAUAUGGCUCAAAGACUAAUAACCAUAUCUAGAUAAAUCCUAAUAAUAUUAAUAUUGUUAAUUAUGGUUAAACCUAAAAAGUAGGUUUCCAUCAAGUGCCUCUUCUCCCCUUCUUGCUCCUAUGCUUCCCAAUCAAGCUCGGAUGAACUCCAAUUGAUUCCCGAUCAAUCCUGGAUGCAUAUAAGACCUAAAAUUUCAUCACAAACAAUUGGGAAAGCAUAAAAUAUGACAUAUUGGGGUCGAUCCCCCUCUGAAAACCUUCAUAUCAAGAAUACAUAUGCCAAAAUGGAUGUUUUGCAAAUAUGAACAAAAAUAGGCGUAAGUAACUGUAUAUGUGGCCUAGACAGGGUGAUUUAACGAAUGCCUUAGAAAUAGAGGCUAAAGCAUGCCUAUUUUAGAUGUUAUCAGUGAUUGGAGAUGGGAGUAAUGUUGCUUCACGGAGAGAGAAGAUGGUUCUGAGUUUUUCGAGAGAGAGUGGGAGAGACGUGAGCGGCUGAGAGAUAUGCGGGACGAUUGAUAGCAAAAUAGUAUUUCUACAAGGGUUUGAGAGAAUAUUAACUAAAUUAUCCUCCAUUAAGUUCUGAUCCUAGAAUUAUUUUUUAAUUUGAUGGAUGUUAGUUUAGUUAGUAUUGUGCUAACCCUAGAAUAAGUUAGCAACUAAUCCUAUUUCGCCAAGUGGUAAUUCAAGACUUAAUUAAUCUAAUCAAUUUUGUUGAAUGUAAACGUUGCCUUUUAAAUAUUUUGGUUACUAUUACCACUUGUACCUAGCAUGUGUUCCAUCUGAGCCACUGAUUGAUCAUGCUUAAGUGAAUAAGCUUAAAUCAAUCUUCUUCGUGUUCUUCACUUUGCAGCUCCUUCCUUCAAAGGCAUGGCAUGCUCUGUCUGCCAACUCAAGCUGCCUUUUCACACAAUUCAUAUCAAAGUCUAGUCUCCUGGUUUUGGAUGAUCGUAGUUAUACCCUCGUACGCUAAAGACAACCUUAUAAAUAUAUACAACUUUAUAAAUAAAGACAAUCUUUCAUG